GAGCCCGACGGGCCCCUUGCGGUUGCGGUUGCCGGCCGUCUUGGCUCUGCCACUCGCUUCGCGGGCAAGCAUUCGCCGCCACGGCAAGCCCGUCAUCCCUUGCUUCCCUCGCCCGCCGCCCGGGAAGAGGCCACAUUCACAUCACAUCAGACCGAUCUGAUCGCCGGAGACACGUUUCGUGGCGUCGCCCGCACGUACCAACCGCCCCCGGCCCCGCCGGUGCCAAGCAAAUCUUACGACGCGGGACACGGCCGGGGUCCUGUCGUCCUGCGCUGCUGCUGCUGCGUCUUCGUAGUCGACGUGAGCCGCGGCGGCCGCGGUUGAGGGUAACCACCCGUCCAUCCAGCUGCAUCGCAACCACUCCAACCAAAGGACGCGAAGAAGGCCGGCGUCCCUGAUCUCCAUCUCCAUCUCCAUCUAGUUAACGAGGUAGGCCGUGUCGGAACUGCUCCACCUUCUCCACGCCCGUGUGUCUCUUUCCAGAUCAGGGACACGCCGACCUGUCGCCUCGGAUCCGGAGGACUGUUUGUUGUCAGAUCUCACCGCGUUGGCCCAGUCAAAGCCCAGCCCAACCGAUACCACGCCAGGGGUAUAAAGCACCAGCCCGAGCAGGCGGCGAGAUGCGGAAGUGGACGAGGAAGCUGGGCCACACCCUCUCCCGCAUCGUCACGACCAAGCCGCGCUUCGCCUUCUCCCAGCCCAGGCCUAGGCCCAGGCCCAGGCCCGCACAACCCGGUCUGCCUUCCUCACAACCCGUCUCGAUCCCGCCGCAGCCGCCGGAGCUUCCCCCCUUCGUCCCCACCGCCAUGCCGCACCACGGCAGCCACCGCCCGCCGGCGCCGCCGCCGGGGGGCCCCGUGUUCCCGCGCGCAACGUCCACGGUGGUGCCCGACCCGUCCCGCUUCUUCGCGCCGCCGCUCCUCGCCGCGCCGCUCCCCACCAACUCCUUCUUCCAGAACUUCGUGCUCAAGAACGGGGACCAGCCGGAGUACGUCCACCCGUACUCCGUCCGCUCCCCCGGAGGCGCCGCUCUCGACAUCUGCUACCCUUCGCGGAACCACUCGCCGUCCUUCGUCAUCCAGACCUUCGUCCCCGACCUCACCGUCUCCGACGCCGCCGGGAGCGCGCAGCGCCACUGCGUCUCGGCUUUCGACGACCUCUCCGUCACGCUCGACGUCUCCCCGUCCCUCCGCGCGCACCUCGUCCGCGGAUGCCCGUACGUCACCGUCACCACCACGGCCGGCGCCGUCGACAUCUCCGUCGCGUCCGUCCAUGCCUUCCUCGACGUCGCCUCCUGCGACGACUCCGGCACCAAGUGGCGCCUCGGGAUGAACAGCGGCCAGACCUUCCUCCUCUACGCGUCGGCCCCGAUCCGCCUCGCGCAGACCACCACCACGCAGCUCUCCGCGCCUGGCUUCGCCGGAGCCAUCCGGGUCGCCUACCUCCCCGACGCGUCCAUGGAGCCGGUCCUCGACCGCUACAGCCGCUGCUUCCCGACCGCCGGCCACGCGGCCCUGAGCCGGCCCUUCUGCGUCGACUACGCCUGGCGCAAGGACGGGCCCGGGGAGCUGCUCAUGCUCGCGCAUCCGCUCCACCUCCGCCUGCUCGCCGACGACUGCCCCGUGCGGGUGCUCGACGACUUCCGGUACCGGAGCAUCGACGGCGAUAUGGUCGGCGUGGUCGGCGACGCCUGGGUCCUGCGCACCGACCCUGUUUCCCCGACGUGGCACUCGACCCGCGGCGUUAGCGAGGACGGCGUCGCCGAAGUGGUGGCCGCGCUGCGAGCUGACGUGGCCGGCCUCGCGUCCACCGCGAUAACCACCACUUCGUCCUACUUCUACGGGAAGGCGAUCGCGCGGGCGGCGCGGCUGGCGCUGAUCGCGGAGGAGGUGGGGUGCCCCGACGUGAUCCCGGCGGUGCAGCAGUUCCUCAAGGCCGCUGUGACGCCGUGGCUGGACGGCAGCUUCCAGGGGAACGGCUUCUUCUACGACGCCAAAUGGGGCGGGCUGGUGACGCUGCAGGGGCUCAAGGACUCCGGCGCCGACUUCGGGUUCGGCAUCUACAACGACCACCACUACCACCUGGGCUACUUCCUGUACGCCAUCGCGGUGCUGUCCAAGAUCGACCCGUGCUGGGGCCGCAAGUACAUGCCGCAGGCCUACUCCAUGGUGGCCGACUUCAUGACGCUGUCGCGCAACAAGGCCGGCGCCAGCUUCACCCGCCUGCGGAUGUUCGACCUCUGGAAGCUGCACUCGUGGGCCGGGGGCCUGACGGAGUUCGCCGACGGGCGCAACCAGGAGAGCACCAGCGAGGCCGUGAACGCCUACUACUCGGCGGCGCUUGUGGGGCUCAGCUACGGGGACGCGCACCUCGUCUCCGUGGGCGCGACGCUCACCGCGCUGGAGAUGCUGGCGGCCCAGACGUGGUGGCACGUCCGGGAAGGGGAGGGCAUCUACGAGGACGACUUCAGCGGGAACAACCGCGUGGUUGGGGUGCUGUGGGCCAACAAGCGCGACAGCGGGCUGUGGUUCGCGCCGCCCGAGUGGAAGGAGUGCCGGCUGGGGAUCCAGCUGCUGCCCGUGCUGCCCAUCAGCGAGGCGCUGUUCCCGGACGUGGCGUUCGUCAAGGACCUGGUGGCGUGGACGCUGCCGGCGCUGGCGAGGGACGGCGUGGGCGAAGGGUGGAAGGGGUUCGUGUACGCGCUGGAGGGGAUCUACGACAGGGAGGCAGCGCUGACCAAGACCCGCGCCCUCAAGGGGCAUGAUGAUGGCAACUCGCUGACCAACCUGCUGUGGUGGCUCCACAGCCGAGGCAGCGUCGUCGGUGACGGCGACGCUGGGUUCGGCCGCUGCUGCUGGUACCGCCAGUACUGCCACUGACGAAAGUGUGGUGACCAGCACGAGUGUGGUUGUUCAUGUCUGCUUGCGGAGCAGAGCACGUAGAUCAGUGAAGGGAUGGAGUUGAUACGUUGCAAAGUCAUUGUGGUUGUUAUUCGUUGAUACUACACACUUCUAUACAGUUGAAUAAAGUCAGUCCUUUAUGUGAAGCUUGA